UUUUAAAGCUUCCUUUUUUUCCAUCCUUGAGUUGAAUGCUUGUGCGGUUUUUGAGCUGAAAACAAAAUGAGUAUGAACGGGGGAUCCCACACUCGGAUCAACACUUUAGGAAGGCUAACGAGAGCCGAAUCCGGCCCGGAUCUUACUGGCAAGUUCGACAUGAACAAUCACCACAAGAUGAUGGGAGGGUCAGGGAUCCAGCAGAAGAUGUACUAUACGCAGCAGAACUACAGCAGCGAAAACACCGGGGACGGCUACGGUCAAACUGGCACCAUGUCUCGCCGCACGAACACCAUCCAGGACAUGCUGCAGAACAUCUAUGAGCAGCUGGCACAAGCUGAAGCAAUAGCACUAUAUGAGAUGAAAGCGGGUGAUGGCCAGUUUCGUAGCAAGGAAGUGGAUGACUGUCUUGCGUAUGCCAAUGAUCAGAUGGAAAUUGUUGAUGGCAUGAUCCGGGAAAUGCGGAAUAUGGGCCAGCCUUCUGAUUCCUAUUACAAAAGGUUGCAGCAACUUCAAGAUCAAAUGCGUGCCCUUCACAAAGCAAUGUACGCGCCACGCCUACGCAAAGGAUCCAAAGGAGGUGGUGGUAGUGGUGGUGGUGGAGGUGGAUUUUCCUCUCAGAGUGGGUCAGGGUGGGAUGACUAUACGCGACGCAUCACCACAGAAACAUUAAAUCAGAUUCGGCAACAAAGGCGUCAGAUGGAAAUUGUGGACUGGGGAUUUGAUGCCACUUCUGUAGAGCAACAAAUUACAAAUCACAGGACAUUCCAUAAUGCUAUUGCAGAGUAUCGGUGGGAACUUGAUAAAAUCAAAGUAGAUCUGAGAGAAAAGGCAGCAAUUUACCAAUUAGAGGAAGAAUAUGAUGCUUUAUUGAAAGCAUCAUUUGAAAGAAUGGAUCAGUUGCGACAGCUGCAGGGCAUCAUCCAGGCAACCUCUAGAGAAAUCAUGUGGAUCAAUGAUCGGGAGGAAGAAGAGCUGGUGUAUGAUUGGAGCGACAGAAACACUGAUAUUCCAAAGAAGCAGGAGGCCUUCUCUAAACUAAUGAGUCAGUUGGAAGUUAAGGAGAAGGACCUCAACAAAAUCAAGCAAGAAAGUGACCAAUUGAUUAUGAACCAGCAUCCUGCGUCUGACAAGAUUGAGGCAUACAUGGAUACUCUACAAACUCAGUGGAGUUGGAUCCUCCAGAUUACCAAAUGCAUUGAUGUUCACCUGAAGGAAAAUUCGGCAUAUUUUCAAUUUUUUGAAGAAGCACAAAGCACUGAAAACUAUCUGAUGAACCUCCAAGACACCAUUAGAAAGAAGUAUCCUUGUGAUAAAAGUAUGUCGUUGCAACGUGUCCUGGACAUGAUCAAAGAUCUGGAGAAAGAACGAGAGAAAAUUAAUGAAUAUAAAAGGCAGGUACAAAAUCUGGUAAAUAAGUCCAAGAAAAUUGUACAGCUAAAACCACGCAACCCAGACUUCAGGAGGGACAAGCCCAUUGUGCUGAAAGCUCUUUGCGAUUACAAGCAGGAUCAGAAAGUAAUACACAAGGGAGAUGAAUGCAUUCUCAAGAACAACUCUCAGCGCAGCAAAUGGAAUGUGACUGGACCUGGAGGCCUAGACAUGGUGGUACCAUCUGUCAGCUUGAUUAUUCCACCUCCAAAUCCUGGUGCUGUGGAUCUGUCCUCCAAGAUUGAGCAGUUCUAUGAGGCCAUUCUAACUCUAUGGAAUCAGCUUUACAUUAACAUGAAAAGCUUGGUGUCCUGGCACUACUGUAUGAUUGACAUCGAGAAAAUCAGAGCUAUGACUCUUGCUAAGUUGAAGACUAUGCGUCAGGAAGACUACCAGAAGGUUGUUACGGAUCUUGAAGUGCAUUAUCAGGAGUUCUUGAGGAACAGCCAAGGCUCAAACAUGUUUGGGGAUGAAGAUAAAAAGAAGAUGCAGUCGCAGUUCUCUGAAGCACAGAAACACUACCAAACCUUGGUGGUGCAGCUCCCUCGCCAGACUACGGUUACUGAAACAACUCUUGUGCAACAGAGACCUCCACAAAAAACCAAAGGUGAGCGAGUAGAAGUAAGCAGCAAUGUCUCGACUGUCACUGUGGAUAGCAGUAAGGAGAUUGAUCGUGGCAGAGAAAAACAGGAGAACUGGCUGCUACUUGAGCUGCAGAAGAUCCGGAGACAGCUUGAAAGCCAUGAAACCAGACUGAUGCAAAGAAACAUCUACAAUUGUGAUCAAGAAACUUUUAGAGAUUUUACCUACAGAAUAAAUGACAUAGAGAGCUUGAGAGGAGAGGGCCAAGGACUGUCGUCACAAUUCAGCAUCAUUAAGGAGACAAUGAUGAACCUUAAGGGCUCAGACAAGUCUGCGUAUCUGCAGUCCGAGCUCAAUUUGCUGUUGAAGAAAAUGGAGAACAUUAAUGGCUUUUCCGUGGAUCACUUGGAGAGACUUCAGGCGUUGAGGCUCCUUCUUCAAAGUAUCCUUCAGACUGAAGAUCUGAUCAAGGUUUAUGAAGCUAGGUUGACCGAGGAAGAAACCAUUUCGCUUGACCCUGCAAAAGUUGAAGCAUACAGAAGUACACUGAAAAAAAUGAGAAUGGAGUUAGACCAAAAGAAAUCCCUCCUGAAAAACAUGGACACAGAGAUGAAGAAUGCAUUGCAGAUCAAUGACCGUGUGACUAAAGCCUAUCCCUACUGUGAUGUAGACAUCUCGAAAUUCACUGACAAGGCCAACCAACUCACAGACCGCUGGCAAAGAAUAGAAAAGGAAAUUGAUGACAGGUCAUGGGAAUUGGAGAAACAAGGAAAGCAGCUGAGAAAUUACAGAGACAUGUACCAGUCACUGAGCAAGUGGAUCACUGACACCAAGCACAAACAGGACUCCAUAGAAUCAGUCAAACUUGCAGAUUCAGCUAUCAUUGCCAGAUACCUAAAUGAGCAAAAGAGUUUAAAUUCAGAAAUCCAGGGUAAAAGAGACAAAGUGGAAGAGGUCAUGAAGACUGCGGACCAAUGUGCUUCAUCCAUUAAGGAUUACGAGCUACAAUUGGCAUCCUAUAGCUCAGGGUUGGAAACUCUACUCAACAUUCCGAUUAAAAGGACCAUGGUGCAAUCUCCAUCUGGAAUCAUAAUGCAAGAGUCUGCAGAAAUACAAGCCCGAUACAUUGAACUACUUACCAGAGGAAAUGAUUAUUAUAGAUUUCUGCAUGAAAUGUCAAAGAACAUGGAAGACUUGAAGAUGAAAAACACACGGAUUGAAUUGCUGGAAGAAGAGUUACGACUUGCCAGAGAUGCACAUUCAGAUAAUUCCCAGAAAAAUAAAUUCCUUGAUCAAAACCUGCAAAAGUACCAGAUAGAAUGCUCUGAGUAUAAAUCAAAGCUCCUUUUGCUGGAGGAUAUGAGAAGGAAAUUUGAAAUGGAUGGUAACGCUGCUAAGCAGAACUUAGAGAAAAGCUAUAGCCAGAUAAUCGAGCUCAAUGAUAAAAUAACAAGGCUCACCUAUGAGAUUGAUGAUGAGAAAAGGAAGAGAAAGGCAAUGGAGGACAGAUGUGAGCUACAGAAGAAUGAGUUUGAUCAAUUUCAGAAACAGAGGCAGAAUGACCUUGAAGGUGUUAACCGUCAAAAAAUAGAGAUUGAAAAGAUAGUCAAGGAGAAAGAAUAUGAGAUUGAAAAACUGAGGAUUCUUCUUCAGGACGAGGCCCAACGGAAGCGGGAGUAUGAGAAUGAGCUGUUAAAGGUAAGGAAGCAGUUUAAUGAGGAGGUCGGUAGUUUGAGGAACAAGUAUGAGUCAGAAAUAAACAUUACGAAGACCACCAUUCAGCAGAUAAGCAUGCAAAAGGAAGAAGACACACAUGAACUCAGAGCACAACUGGAAAAGCUUGCAAGGGAAAACCGAGACUUGACCCAAGAAAUUACCAGAUUAAAUGAUACCAUAGUUCAAACAAAUGAUUUGCGAAGGAGGGCAGAGGAGGAUUGCCUUCAGCAAAAGGCCUCAGGUUCUGAACUAUCUCAGAGGAAGCAACAAGUUGAGAUGGAACUGCAGAAAUUGAUUCAUACCCAUUCAGAAGAGACCGCAAGAUACAAGAUUUCACUAGAUGAUGCUGCCAGAACAAUUAAAGAGCGAAACAGUGACAUUGAAAAAUUAAAGUACCAACUUCAAGAGGAGGCUGCACGUCUGAGAGAAUACGAAAACGAGUUGGUUAAGGUAAGAAACAGUUUUGAUGAACAGCUUAUAACAUUAAGAAACAAGUAUGAGACAGAAAUAAAUAUCACAAAAACCACCAUCCAUGAGAUAACAGUUCAGAAGGAAGAUAACAUCAGUAAUUUGAGUACACAGGUUGACAGUUUAACAAGAGAAAAGAGGGACUUGCUGGCCGAAGUCAACAGACUGAAAACCUCCCUUACACAAAUGACUCACAACCUCAAGAAAACAGAGGAAGAUGCUCACCAGCAGAAAUCCUUCUCUUCUGAGAUAUCUCAGAGAAAACAGCAGCUGGAACUUGAGCUAAAACAAAUCCAUAGCCUUCGUCAUGAAGAAGAGCAGCGUUACAAAAAAUCACUUGAUGAUGCUGCUAAAACAAUUCAGGAGAGAAAUAAGGAAAUUGAACGUCUGAAAAAAGUCAAUGAUCUUGAAACAGAACAAAGAAAGAAACUUGAGGAUGAUCACGUGAAAUUACAGAGAACACAAUUUGAUCUGCAGAAGGCAAACAGCAGUGCUACAGAGACUAUCAAUAAGUUAAAGAUCCAGGAGCAAGAAUUAUUCCGUCUUAAAGCAGACUAUGAAAAAAUAUCUCUAGAUAAACAAGUUAAAGAAAAUGAGAUUAACAGACUUCAGACCAGUUUGAAAGAAGCGCAGACACAAAAACAAAAAUUAGAGGAGGAGAUUAACCGACAAAAGCGAAUUGCCACAGAUGAGCAUGCCAAUAAUAAAAAGCUGAAAGAUGAGUUGGACAGCCUGAAGAGGACCAACAGCGAGCAACUGAAAAAAAUAACCACUCUUACACAGCAAGUAGAACAACUAACCAUUGUUAAAAGACAAACUGAAGAAGAUUUGAGGCAGCAAAGGGAGUCCUUAGACAGUCAACUGAGGGAGAAGCAAAGAAACGUCGAUGAGUUGAGUAAAAUUGUAGCUGAGGCGGAAAAUCUACGACGACAGCUGCAUGUUGAGCAAGAAAACUUACGGCUGGCUCAUGGGCGCAAUGAGCAUUUACAAAAAACGAUUGAAGAGAGAAAUAGGAGCCUAAAUGAGUGUAAAAUAGAGAUAGAAAGGUUGCAGUCCAUCACGGAAAACCUUACUAAAGAGCACCUGAGGUUAGAAGAAGAGUUGCGAUACGUGCGACUGGAGUACGAGGAAGUAAAGAAAAGUAAAGAUGAAGUAGAUGGUGAAAAAAAUGCAACAAUUACUGAAUUAAAGAACCAGCUUCAAACAAGCAACAAGCGAUCCUUGGAGCUGCAGGGCCUGAUUAAUGAGUUACAGAAAGAGAGACAAAAUUUGAGACAGGAAAUUGAAAAAUUCCAAAAGCAAGCAUUAGAGGCCUCUAAUAAGAUACAUGAAAGCAGUAGCAAGUAUUCUGAAGUUAUACAAGAAAGAGAGAACCUCCUAAAGAAAAUAAAACUUCUUGAACAAGAUAAGGCAAGACUGCAAAGACUGGAAGAGGAGUUAAACCGUGCAAAGGCAGCACUAGAUUCUGAGAACCGUGUUAAGCAGCGCCUAGAAGAAGAGAAACAGCAAAUCAGAAAUGAAUUUAAUCAGUGGAAGAGUCAGUAUACACGCAGGGAAGAUGAAGUGCAGAGAAUUGAAAUUGGUUUGGAAAGGAGUGAGAGAGAGAAAACCACAUUGAAGAGUGAAAUUGAAAGACUGCAAGCAGAGAUCAGGUCAAUUGAAGAACGGUACAGACGGAAAAUGGAGGAACUACACCGAACAAGCCAAUCCGAAAUGGAUGCCCAACGAUUGGCGCUGGAAAGGGAGCUAGAAAAACUUAAGAAGCGCCCUCUUGGCACAAACCGUCAGACCCAAACUGAUGAGGACAUGUGUGUUGAUGCGUCCAAAUUUAUAUUUGAAGGGCUUCGGAAGAAAAUUACAGCACACCAGCUUCUUGAAUGUCAAAUCAUAACAAAGGCAACAUUUGAUAAGCUUAUAAAGGGGCAAAAAUCAGUAGAAGAAGUUGCCGCUGAAAUUGAACCAUUUCUAAAAGGUGCUGGUGCAAUAGCUGGAGUCUCCGUUACACCUAAGGAAAAAUAUUCCUUUGUAGAUGCCAAACGAAAGAAGCUCGUUUCACCUGAAAGCACAGUGAUGCUACUAGAGGCACAAGCUGCUACAGGAGGAAUAAUUGACCUUCAGAGGAAUGAAAAGCUCACGGUUGACAAUGCCAUAGCUCGAGAUCUCAUAGACUUCCAGGACAGAGAAGCCAUUUAUACAGCAGAGAAAGCAAUAACUGGCUUUAAAGACCCUUUCUCUGGAAAAAUAGUAGCUGUUGCAGAGGCUAUCAAGAAAAAUCUAAUCAGUCGAGAAGUUGGCCUGCGUCUUCUAGAGGCUCAGUUGGCAGCAGGUGGAAUAGUUGACCCAGUUAAUAGUAUUUUCUUACCAAUAGAAGUUGCGCUAUCACGAGGUGUGAUUGAUAGGGACAUGCACCGAACAUUAAAUGACCCCAAUGAUGAUGCCAAAAAAUUUAUUGACCCUGUCACCAAGAAUUAUGUCAGUUAUGCACAGCUUAGGCAGAAAUGCAGAGUUGAGCCUCACACAGGAUUUCUUCUGUUACCUGUAAUGAAGAGAAGCCUCUCAUUCAAGGGAAUUCGACAGGCAGUCACACUGCCUGAACUGGUGGAAUCUGGAAUUAUAAGGUCUUCCACAGCUGAUCAGCUGGAAGCUGGGCAGAUAUCAGUGGAAGAAGUCAGUGAGAGAAUCAAAGAUUUUUUGCAGGGAUCUAGUUGCAUUGCUGGUAUUUACAAUGAGGCAACAAAAGAAAAACUAGGGAUUUAUGAUGCAAUGAAGAAAGGCUUGUUGAGACCUGGAACUACACUUGAGCUUCUGGAAGCUCAAGCUGCCACAGGAUUCAUAGUUGAUCCUGUUAAUAAUCUAAGACUUACAGUGGAAGAAGGCUACAGAAGAGGUCUUGUUGGAAUUGAAUUCAAGGAAAAAUUAAUAUCUGCAGAAAGAGCAGUUACUGGAUAUAAAGACCCAGAAAAUGGAAAUAUUAUAUCAUUGUUCCAGGCAAUGAACAAAGAACUGAUUGAGAAAGGUCAUGGAAUCCGCUUGUUGGAAGCUCAGAUUGCCACUGGUGGAAUCAUUGAUCCCAAAGCAAGCCAUCGUUUGCCUGUUGAUGCGGCCUAUAAACGUGGAUAUUUCAACAAAGAAUUGAAUGAUAUUCUUUCUGACCCAAAUGAUGACACCAAGGGCUUUUUUGAUCCCAACACAGAAGAAAAUCUGACUUACUUGCAGCUAAAGGAAAGGUGCAUAGUGGAUGAGAAAACAAAUCUAUGUCUACUGCCCCUUAGAGAGAAGAAAAAGUCAGUUCAAACAACACAAAAAAAUACCCUUCGAAAGCGUAGGGUGGUAAUCGUUGAUCCAGACACAAACAGAGAAAUGACUGUGCAAGAAGCCUAUAGUAAAGGCCUAAUAGAUUAUGCUACAUAUGUUGAUCUUUCAGAGCAAGAGUGUGAAUGGGAGGAAAUUACUAUUUCAGGAUCUGAUGGUUCAACAAGAGUUGUUCUUGUUGACCGAAAAACAGGAAUCCAGUAUGAUGUGCAAGAAUCAAUCGAAUUAGGUUUAGUAAACCAAGCCCAAUUUGACCAGUAUCGUUCAGGCUCUUUAAGCCUCACUCAAUUUGCAGAUAUAAUCGCCAGCAAAAAUCUUAGUGAUGAUGUGUUAAUUUCAUCAAAGCAUGACUCAUUAUCUUCCUCACCCAGGUUGCGAAGUGGCUCUUACACCAAAAGCGGCUCUUUUUCAGAACCAUUAGAAGAGUCAACUCCUAUUGCAGCAAUAUUUGAUAACGAGAACUUAGAGAAGAUCUCCAUUUCAGAGGGAAUUCGGCGUGGAAUUGUUGACACCAUAACUGGGCAGCGUUUACUGGAAGCACAAGCUUGUACUGGAGGCAUCAUCAAUCCUACUACAGGGCAAAGACUCUCACUCCAAGAUGCCGUUAGCCAGGGCAUAAUAGAUCAUGAUAUGUCAGCUAGACUUAAGCAAGCCCAUAAGGCCUAUACUGGUUUUGACGGAGUAAGAGGCUCAAAGAAAUUAUCUGCUGCAGAAGCAAUGAAAGUAAAUUGGCUACCUUAUGAAGCGGGGCAACGUUUUCUUGAGUUUCAGUACAUAACAGGGGGUUUUAUUGAUCCAGAAACACAGUUGAGAGUAACUUCAGAAGAAGCAAUUAGAAAAGGCAUGAUUGAUGGUCGGACCGCGCAGAAACUACGUGACAUAAGUAACUAUCCCAAAAUUCUGACCUGUCCUAAAACUAAACUGAAAAUAUCCUACAAAGAUGCACUUGACCGCUCUAUGGUCGAAGAUAUUACAAGCUUGAGGAUGCUGGAAGCUGCUUCAGUUUCGUCCAAAGGCAUAAGUAGCCCAUACAAUGUUUCUUCUGCACCUGGAUCACGCUCAGGAUCCAGAUCUGGGUCGCGUAGUGGAUCCAGAAGAGGAAGCUUCGAUGCUUCAUCCUCUUACAAUUAUUCCUACCAAUCUUUUAGCAGUUCUUCUAUUGGUAACUAAUAACUAGAAGCCUUUUCAUAUUUGUGUUUUGUUUUUUUUAAACUUUUGCAAUAAAUGCUACUGGUUAUCUUACGUAGAGCACAUUGUAGGGAAAGAGAGAAAAGCCCACCCCCCAUAUUUUCCUCAUAUAGAAAACGUAUUAUAGGUGCACUGAUAUUGUGGUGUUUUGACACUGAAUAAUUUUCUACUGGGUUUUUCUGAUAUGAAACUAUUAGACAUGAAUUCAUGUAUUCUGCCGUGUUUUAGUAGCUAGUGUAGUUAACAUUUUUCUGUGUCUUUUUCUAUAAAUGCAGCCCUAUAUAACAAUCCAAACUUUUCUUGCAAUAUUUUGACAGAAAAUAUUUUAGAAAGUAGCCUACUAAUACAGGUGUAUUUGCAAUUCAUUUUAUGUAAUAUUCUGCACAUUUUAUGGAGCCUGGUGGAGCUAUAUCUUUUUAUGCAAUACUCUCCAUAUGUUAUGGUGCCUUGGGGAGAUACAUCUUUUGUAUUCAUCUUUUGCUUAUUUGUAAUUUGUUAUGGUGGCAAUAAAAUUGAAAACAUUUCAC